AUGUGGUCCGUCCUGCACAUACCGUCGCAUACCAGCUCGCCCGCUGCUCGCCCCCUGCCCACUGCUCACCCCCCACCCACUGCUCGCACCCAACCCCCUGCUCACACCCACCCGCUGCUCGUACCCAUCCGCUGCUCGUACCCACCUGCUGCUCGUACCCACCCGCUGCUCAUACCCCACCCGCUGAUCACCCGCCAUCCGCUGCUCACAUCCCAUCAGCCGACCACCGCCCCGGCCUGCUGCUCCUGA